AUGAAGUUUGGAAAAUACCUUGCUGCCAGGCAGUUGGAGUUCCCGGAAUAUGCGGGUAACUUCAUCAACUACAAGGCGCUCAAGAAACUCAUCAAUGCGCUCACUCAAGACAUCUCUAAGCCUCUCCAGGACAAGAAAGGAUCCUUUUUUUUCCGGCUGGAACGUGAAUUGGAGAAGGUCAAUGACUUUUACCUUAAGAAAGAAUCCGAGUUGAAGUUUCGCUUGGACAUUCUUAUCUCCAAGAAGGAUAGGUUCUUCAAGUCACAUAAUGGUGGAAAGAUCAAUAAGAACAGCGUUAAUUUCGUCAGCUUGUAUGACGGGUUCAAGAAAUUUUCCAAGGAUUUGGAUCGCUUAGAGCAGUUUGUUGAACUUAACGAAACUGGGUUCACUAAAGUGCUAAAAAAAUGGGAUAAGAGAUCCAAGUCGAGUACCAAAGAGUUAUAUUUGACUACUGCUGUCAAUGUACAACCUGUGUUUCAUAGGAGCCAGAUAAUCGAGUUGAGUGAUUUAGUGGCUAACAAUUUGAUGGAAUUAGAGAGUUUGGCUGAAGGUGACACCGGCUUUGUUAGAUAUGAAACCAGUAGCUGUAAAACCGAUUCAACUACUGGUUCUACACCUACUUUAGAUAGCUCUGUGAGAUAUCAUAAUAUCAUGGGCUCUUGCGACGAGCUUUAUACUGAUUUCUAUGAAAUUACUGUGCAGAAUGCCAAUCUCUCUCAGGAAGAUCAGAUGGCCAAAUUCAAGGAAUGGUCCAAUCAAAUCAUUUCCAAACUUCCGGAUGACACAAAGAAAUACACGUUAUCCAAAGUGUUCUUACUUCUCAUUCCAAAUCUGCACAUCCCAGAUGCUUCUCUCUUACAAUUCUACCAAUACUUCAAAGAGUUUAUUGAUCUAAGUUUCGUUGACGACCUAAAUGGAAGAAACUGUUUGAUUGAAGCCUCCACUUGCCAAAUGAAUAGAAAUCCCAUCGUUGAGCUACUCCUCAAGUCGGAUUUGGACCCCACAAAGAAAGAUGUCUCUGGUAGAACCUGCCUCCAUUAUGUUACAGAAAACGGAAGAGACGACUUGCUACUUCUUCUUCUCUCUUCUUCAAAAGCCGGAUCCAUCAUCGACUCGAUGGACAACGAGUCAAUCUCUCCUUUGCUUUUCGCCAUAAUCAACAAUCACGUAUCUUGCGUCAGCACUUUAUUACAACACGGAGCCAAUGGACUUCCACAACAGGAUGAUUUGAAGCCUAAGUAUCUUCCUCUCAACGUUGCCUGCAAGAUCGGCACUUACGAGGUAGUUCAGUUGGUAUUAGGCCGCUACGGUGCACCUGAAAAGGCCAAACAGGAUCAUCUUCUCACCAAUAGUGCACAAUGCAAUGCAGAAGGCCUUCUUCCUCUUCACAUAGUGGCCUCCUCCGGCCACGAACAACUUGUGCCUCUAUUGUUGCAAUACGGUGCAGAUAUCAAUCAACUUGACAGACUUAACAAGUGGUCUCCUAUAUUUUAUGCAGUCAUGGAAGGCUACGAUUCUCUGACUCACGAAUUGAUUGGUUACGGUGCCAAUUUCAAGAUACAAGACGAAGAUGGUUUCGAUCCGUUGUACUACGCCAUAUGGGAGGGUAAUGUCGAGGUUUUGAAUGUUUUAAUGGAAAGCUACAAGGAAGAGAACAGUGAUAAGAUGAGUGAGGUUGAAGAGGAUGGAAAUGAGGCUCAAAACUGUAUCGAAGAGGCGUUGGCAAUACCUCCGAUGGUUUCACUUGGCCCCAAAUCACAGAUCAGCUCUUCUGAUAUCAUCCCGUUCUCCAUAGACAUGAUUCCGGAUCUUUCACUUCCUCCUCCAAUCAUUCCCCUACGUAAGUAUGGCCACAACUUUCUUGAAAAGAAGAUAUUCCUCAAACUUUCGUUUUACACUUCCAGAAACUCGGUACGGUUGAAUCCUGACACGUUUCUCACCUCCAUUCCUGGCCGUAUCACCAUUUCAUGUGAUAGGAAUGACCUUAUUCCUCGAAAUUUGCUGCUUCCGGUGUUGGACAACGAUAAAUCAAUCACCUUCCAGACAGAUUCCUUCGAUGAGUCAUUUAACAUUGAAUUUGAACUUUUCCCAAUGUUCGGCACCAGACUUCUAGCCAAGGCCACUCUUCCUUCUUCCGUCCUCAUCACAUCCUAUCCCGGAUCAGGUUCCAAGCUUAGCGGCGAUUUAGAGAUCCCUCUUAGUGAUGUCAAGCUUCGUAAUACUGGAUUUUUAAGAUUCAAUUACGAGAUCGUUUAUCCUUAUAGUGGUGCCCCUUUGGAGAUUUCCUUAUACGAUACUUACUGGAAGUCGUCUUCAGUGGCAGAAGAGAAGGAGAGGCAAAGACAGCAGCAGAUUCAAUUACAGAAGCAGGAAGAACACCACCAGAAUACAAAUGUCUCUUUUGUUACUGCCUCUUCACUUACUGGCAUCUACUAUCGUGUUCCGUUGUACUUACUUAACGAUGGAACACCUAUAGUUUGCCCUAAGUAUCUAAUUGAUGUAGGAGGAGGUGUAUCUUUACCUAUAUGCUGCUUCGGAUUUGAUCAACUACACCAUUUAUUUUAUGGGAACAACACAGAGUACAAGACUCUUUGCGAACAGCUCGGUGAUUUGAAAGGGGACGGAUUUCGCUUGCGAUUCUACGAGAUCUUGAGCCGAUUAUACAUGCCAUUGAACGAGUUCCUUGACAUAGUGGAUCCAGAGAUAGCUCUCAACUUGGAGAUCUUCUACCCCUCGGUAUACGAGCUGGAAUUCUAUGAUAUCAAGCUCUUCACGUCUUUUUCUUCCAACGAGCUAAUUCACAAGUGUAAUGUGGAGGCGCAGCUUAACACUCCAACAGACAACUGCCUCAACAACUUCAUUGAUUUGAUUCUCACCGAUGUGUUUAACCACGUGCGCAAGUUACGUCACAACCACAAUAGUAACAGUUUGAGAUCGAGAUCGUUAAUUCUCUCUUCCGACAACUCGACUGUUUGCACGAUUUUGAACUGGAAGCAGCCAAAUUAUCCUGUUUUCUACAAUCUUAACGGUGUUAAAUACGAUAGUCAGCAGGACUCGUUUUAUGAGUGCACGGCGAACGGUUUUUUAAAGAAGGAUAAGAUCAAUCUACAAACAAAGAAUGCUGAAAAACUGGAGAGGAAGGAGCUUCAACAAAAUCACCAUAGCUUGCUCAUAGACAACAUUGACUCGAUCAACAAAGACUCGUCAGAAUACAUAAACAGUCUGCAGUAUCAGGACAAGCUUUCCAGAUCGAUUAAGUUAGCUGCGGAUUUUGCCAGCACCAAUAACAUGCUCGGAAUUACGGUUCCUGCCAAGUUAUUGAGGAUAUGUCCUACUAUGGCCGAGUCGAUCCGAGCUAAGGGACUCAUUUUGGUAGCUGCCAAGGACGAGAAUGGCUUGGUGGUGAAGCAGGGCCAGAUCCAGCCGUUAGUCACAAAAUAUGGUGACAUUAAUGUGAACGGCUUGAGGUUUAACGACAUAGUAAGCUUCAAAGAUACGAUUGAUAUGUAA